AUGUCGGCCUCGAGUUCUUUUGCAGCUUUUGGACAAGGCAGCAAUGACACUGCGACAACGCCUCUCAGUGUGGAACAGCUAAAGACAUUCCUUGUGGAAGCACCCGCAAUGUACAAUUACCGGCUGCAUCCAGGUGCUGAACGACAAAUCCUCACCAACUGCUAUCGCAUGCUAUGGGGCAACAAUACCGAGUGGAUGCAAAAGUACUUUUUCAAGGAAGGGCUCUCUGAUCAAGACAAUUUGUCAGCCUUGCUCGAAAAGUACAACCUCUUUAAACGCGAAGAUCAGCAAAAGUCAACAGUGCCAGCCAAUCCAGACAAUGUGGUUGUGGAUCCAACAGACGAUGAGCCCGAGUAUUGGGAAAGUCAACGUGGAAAGCAAUGUGGCCACUUGUUUAAGCGAGGCGAGAGUGUCUAUCGAUGCAGAAACUGCGGACUUGACGACACUUGCGUUCUUUGUUCGCGUUGCUUUCAUGCUACAAACCAUGAAGGACACGAUGUGAAGAUCUGGAUCAGUCGUGGCUCAGGCGGAUGCUGUGAUUGUGGUGAUCCAGAAGCAUGGAAAGUACCUUUGGUGUGUGAUAUCCAUUCGCUCUCGGCAGCUCGAUCCAUUUCAGAAUCAGGCGAAUCAUUACAACCAUUGGAACCAACUUCAUCCAUACCACCCGCAUUGAUAUCUCAAAUCAAGAAUACUAUCUCCACCGUCAUGGAUUAUGUCCUCGAGACCUUUGCCGCUUCACCAGAAAAUAUAAAGUUUGGCGACCCUGACGACAUUCGACAAGAUGCUCAAGCAACCGACAGAGCUUUACGUAUGCCAAAUGGAGGCAACAAUGAUCAAGAAUUGUACGCUUGUAUCCUGUGGAAUGAUGAAACGCAUACCUUUGAUAAAGUGAUCGAAGUCGUCAAACGAGCCAUCAAAUGCACCACAUCUCAAGCUUCAGCAGCUGCAGAAACCGUCGAUGCGUAUGGUCGUUAUAUUGUGGCAACUUCCAGUGACCUUGAUGAGCUUGUUCAGAUCGGUAGAAUCAUCAGCAGUAUCAAAUUGGCUGUCACCAUUCGAUCUUGCAAAGAUACGGUGCGUGAGGAGAUUUGCGGAUUACUAUUGGAUUGGCUCAAGGAAUUGACGAGUGGACGAUACACGUUUUUCAGCAAUGUGGAAAAAGGCAAUUGCAUCAUUCGUGAUAUCAUUUGCGAGGUUUUAUGCGAAGAAUGGUCUUUACGCCCUGAUCUUGCAGCAUUAUCGAUUCGUACGCGUCGCGGCCCAAUGUCAGAUGUUGAUGAUUUGGGUGAUUUGGACGACUUUGGAGACGAAGGUCCCGAUCUCGAUGAAGAUAAUGAUGGUAAUGAUGAUGACGACAUGAUGGCAGCAGCACAUAUGAUUGAGCUUGAUGACGAACUGAUCACUCAAGUAUUCGAAGCAGCCAAUGAUGAGGAUAUUUGGAUGGAUGUUCAAGGAGAGGAUGAGGAUGACGACGACGAUGACGAUGAUGAUGAUUCCAGCCAAGAUGAUGACAACCAUGAUGAUAAUGCGUAUGAGGAAUCAGAUGGUGAUGUGGAGAUGCAUGGAGCUGAAGAUUUGGAAGACCAACACGAGAGACCUACUCAACGCACAAACAUUGCCAAUUCUCCACACCGACAUUCUUCACCAUCACAACCAACACAUACAUCCUCGGCAAAUCAAGAUCAAUCCAGCUCUUCUCAACAUCAACGUAGACAUUCUCAGCAAUACACCCAUGACAUUAUCGACCUUAGCAAUGGCUUCAACGAAUGGCUACGCUAUACAGAAAAAUUGGAUGCUGAUGAAGCGGCUAUUGCACAAGAGUUGGGUAUCCCUGUUAUCAACAAUUCCGAUUCAGCAGCUGCUGCCAACAAACACGUCAAGAAAGAAUUCAAUCGCAAGUUGCGUCUUGAUUAUCUCAUGCAAUAUGAUUUACGUCUAUGGAAAUCAGCUCGUGCAAGCAUCAAAGAUCUUUUGAUUGGUACAGUGGUAUCCAAUUAUGACUAUCGUCCAAUUAUUGGUAUUCGAUUUGCACGCAACUAUCCUGAAUUACUCGAUGCCUUUUUCUUGAAAGAUCGUGAACCAGAGCACUCUGUGGGAACGUUAUCGGUGCAAUUGUUGACGGUGCCUACUGUGGCAGCAUUAUUGGUGCGAGAAUACAAGUUCUUUGCUAUGGUGUGCUCCAUCCUCGCCAAUUUCUUCUUGACGGAUCGUAUUCAUCUUGUGCUUCCCGAACAAUAUCAUCAUUUACAAGUGAAUUGUGGAUCACGUGCUAUCCGACGACCACGAUUUGCAGUGACAUUCUAUGAUCUACGUUAUGUGCUCAACACCGAUCUCGUCAAACCUGAUAUUUGUCAAAGUCCAUUGUACCUACGCCAUUUCCUUGAUCUGCUUUAUCAAUUCCAAGCUAUGGAUCCUCUUGUACGCAGUGGAAGUGUCCAUGUUGAAUACGAAUCUACGACUUGGGUGGGUGCAUUCAAUGCCACAUUACAAGUAUCGAAGCUUUGCCAAUUGUUCUCUGAUUGCUUUGCACCUCUUUCGACAUCCACACCCUCACUUGAAGGCACACGUACUCUUUGCCGAUCCAUUACACGUGUUCUCAAGGCUAUUGUCGAUUGGGCUCCUCGUGCAGCUGAAGGAAACACUGAACAUGAUUAUGAGAUUAUCAAGGGUGUUCGAGAACAAAAGUACAAGACUGUGGAGGCAUUGCAUGCAGGAACCUAUUCUAUUGUUUCAUACGACAUCGCUGCGGAGCCUGUAUCAUUCCAUCAUCCUUACCAUUGGUUAUUAUCCGGAAUGCUGGAGCACGUGGAUCUAUUGACGGAUGAAGCAAUUGCUGAAUUGGGAUGGAAAGGCAAUCUGAAAGGUCUCAUCAACCAUUUCAGUGAACAACAGCACAUGGAUCAUGAUGUUUUCAUGGCGAUCAUGGAAUACCCAUUACGUGUACGUGCAUUGUUAGCACAAGUCAAUUGUGGUGUGUGGGUUCGAAAUGGAUUUGGUAUUCGCAAUCAGGCUCGCACUUAUCGAGAUGUUAGUGUGCGUGAAAAGACAUACGAUUGCGAUUUGUAUCUGCUACAAGUGGCACUCACUGUUGCCGAACCCAAUCUCAUGCUAUUGACAAUGCUUGAUCGAUUCAUCCUCAGCGAUUGGUUCAAUGGACAUCCCGACAAAUCACAUCCAUACUAUGAUCAGACACAAAUAGCCCUUGUGGUGGAAGAGUUCCUCGAUUACUUGAUCAUUGCUGCUACUGAGCGUGGCUUUGCUUCUGGUAUGCCACUUGAAGAUAAGAUCCGCCGAGCCAUUAUCCAGUAUCUUGGUCUAUCAAGUAUGGCCUAUUCUGAACUUGUCAAGGUGCUCCCUGAUAGCUUGAGCGAACACGAGUCCUUUGAGACACAUUUGCAUAGCUUGUCGACUUACAAGGCUCCUGCUGGAUUGAAUGAUCACGGCCGAUACGAGCUCAAGGAUGAAUAUUAUUGCGAGAUUGAUCCCUACUUUUGGCACUUUUCACGCAAUCAACGAGAGGAGGCUUUCGAGAAACUUCGCAGCCGAGAGAAUCAAUCGUUAUCCAACAAUGAAAAGAAGAAGGCUGAAAAAGACGAAUUCUUUUUAUUGCCUCGCCUUCGCAAGAUCAAGUCGGGUCCUUUCAAGCACAUUGGCAACUUUUUACACUCGCAUUUGCUAUGCCAGAUUGUCUUGUACGCUUUAUGGAAUUCUCGCACAUCAAAGGCUACAAGCGAGCUUAUCCUGGAUCAUGCAUUGUACCUGGCAGUAUUAGCCGUCACCGAUGAGAACAACGAGGUGUAUGAAAAGCAACGAGCUUUGAUCAAGGGCAAAUACCGUAAUGAUGGACCUAAGAUUGAUGGUGGAUUUGUGCAACAUGCCGUGGAGAACAAGUAUCCUAUCGUCAGUGGAUUUGAGCGUGAGCAUGUAUCGUUGUUGACCGUGUUACUGCGUUUCUUGGGUGAUCGUGAAUUUUCGCAUACACAUAAGCGUUGCAACUUUUUGGUCGACAAGAUCUUUGAGCAAGGAUCGGAUGCUGCCCGAGAAAUGAUUGCUGAUUGGCGAGCAACACAUCAAAAGUCCCAAGACAAGGCUGCUGAACAAGAAAAAGCUGGUCUUUCAGAAUAUGAACGCAAAAAGGCCGAGGCGAAAGCACGUCAAGCCGAGAUUAUGGCUCAAUUCGCUCAAGCACAGUCUCAGUUCAUGUCACAGCAUGCUGAUUUGUAUGAGGAUGAGGAUGAUGAGAAUCUUCAAGGGGAUAACGGCGAUGAGAUGAUGACUGAUCAGCCUGAGAUUAUUGGUGAAGACGAGGAUGUGGAGCGCACGUGCCAUUUCCCUUCUGGUACCUGCAUUGUUUGUCAAGAAGAGCUUGAUCGAUCUCGAUUAUUCGGCGUUUUGGGAUUGGUACAGAAAUCCAAGUCAUUGCGUAAUACACCCAUGAAGAAUGCGGAUGUGUUGGUGGAUAUCUUUGAGACGGCACAAGGCAAAGGUACAUGGAGCGAGCAUAUGGAAGCAUCACCCAACAAGAAAUCUGCGUAUCGUGGUUUUCCUAUGGAUUCGCAUGUUGAUGGUUUACACAUUUCCACAUGUGGCCAUUUAAUGCAUGCACACUGCUUCAACGGAUACCAAGAAUCAGUCGACAGCGAUACCAUCAACCCUAUUCGAAAUAUUGUUCCUCAGCUUCGUCACAAGCAAUUCUUGUGUCCACUUUGCAAAGCACUUGGCAAUGUCUUGAUUCCUAUUGUAUGGAAGGGUAAAAAGGAAUCCUAUCCUGGUCCUAUGGCUACCAAGACACCAUACGAAGAUCUCGGCGAGACUGCAAAGCGACUCAUGGCUCGAUUGGAAAAUGACAUUGGACCACCACAGCCAAUCCCUGGCGGUAUGGUUGAAGAUGAAGAUGAUCCACGUAAUGAUCCCGAUGUCGAUAUUGAAGAUUUGGAUGGAUUGCGACGUUUAUACAAUCAAUUACGCACAGCUAUGAAGAAGGGUGCCAAUUCCAUUAUCCAUGAAAUGGUAUCAUUUUCAGAAUUGCGAUCUUCCAUCAUCGAUCUUUACAACAUGUAUGUAUACGCACUCACGACGCUUGAGGUGGCACAACGUGGUGAUCAUGGCGUGCGUGCACGUGACGUACAAGUGGAGCACACGGGUACCUUUUUGGAUGACAUUUCAUCACAAAGCCAAAUGUUGCUCAAGAUCUUGGCAAAGACUGGCGAGCUGAUGCCCACUAUUAUGAACACACGUUGGGUCACGGAUGAUCGAUUUACAUUGCAACGAAUUUCCUUAUCAAUACUGCGUCAAGUAUUUUACGAGGAGAAUGCUCCAGGACCUGGUGAUGCAUACGAGCGUGAUGUAUUAUGCAAGCCUCUUUUGGCUGAUGAUCCAUUCCAUAUCCUUGUGCGUCUCAGCUUUGUCACUGCACGUGCUGGUGAAGAUAAACUCGAGCCCCAUCACAUUCUACGCUUGUUGUAUAUUGCCGAACUUGUCAAGGUGACCAUUGGAUUGUUACAAGGACUUGGCAAGGAUUCACUCUCAACACCACGCGUCAAUGAAACAUUUGAGCAACUCAAGCAAAAUGCGACUGGACAUCAAGCAUCGGCAGAGGCGGCACGUGCAUUUGCAUCGAAUGUGGCAGCCCUGGUUGGUAUCCCCGCCACAACUGUCGAAGAUUUCUUUGCCGUGUAUCCACCCAAUGUCUUUGUUUCGUUGCUUCGCACAUUCACUAUGCCCUAUCUUCGCAAGUCAUUGUUGCUUAUGGUUGUCCAUCAUGGCUUCAUUCUUCAAAACCAAAGCAGCCAAGAUUUCACUGGAGACGAAUAUGAUCGUUUAUUGCACAUUCUAAAGCUUCCCAUGUUCCCUGAUAUCUUCAAUCUCCAAGCUUAUGAGCAAACUCUGGUUACAGGCUGGUGUCGUCAAUACAGUGAACAAUCUCAGCAAGGUCUCAGUGUAGCCAGGCCUUUACUUAGCUUACCAACACCCUCGUACCUGGUAUCGCUUCCCUAUCGCAUGGAUAAGCUUUUCGAUGACAGUGCUCGUCGCGUAUGCCGCAAGUGUGGAAAUCUACCUGAGUAUCCUGCAUUGUGUCUCAUUUGUGGCACAUUUGUCUGUGCACGACGCUAUUGUUGCACUGAAAAUGGUCGUGGUGAAUGUAACACGCAUAUGAAAAAGUGCAGUGGUGAUAUUGGUAUCUUCCUGGUAGUCAAGGAAUCCUUUAUCUUACUCUUGCAUGCGGAUGGUGGAAGUAUCAUGAGUGCACCUUACCUUGAUAUCCACGGUGAGGUUGAUCUUUUCCUCAGACGUGGCACACCACAAUUCCUUAACCCACAACGAUACGAACAAAUCCGACAAAUGUGGCUAUCCCAUAGCAUUCCUGCAUACGUUCGUCGAAAGAUGGAAUCCUCCUAUUCUUACACACGAUGGGGAUCAUGGUAA